GUUACUGUAAUAAUAAAGUCGUUUCUGUCACUGUGGGUUUAUUUUGACUUGUAGAAGAAUGUUUUAGUUCUAAUGCUCUGAAGAAUCAGUUUUUCCUUAUCCAAAAGGAUCAUCAGCUCGUCUUCCGGUUUCGAAGGCAGCUGAUUAUCUACUACCGCCUUCCACUUCGACAGAUUCCUGUGUGUUUUUGGUUUGUUGAUGUCGUGUUUUCCCCGUAACGCUAUUUAACUCUUUUUGUACAUUUUAUCGUGCCAGGUUUGACGGAUUAAGUUUCACAGUUUACAAGUUAAGAGGAGUUUGUGGGGGUUAAAACAACGGAAAGCGAACAACUCUUCGAUAAGGAAACGGCUAAUUAUGAUUUCAGCUAACAGGUGGGGCUAAACGACAACAGCGAGCUCUACAAUGUUGACAGAUAAACAUAGAGGAAUCAGAGUUUCCCAGGAGGAGCUGCUCUGCAAGAACGCCUGUGGAUAUUAUGGAAACCCCGCGUGGCAAGGCUUCUGCUCCAAGUGUUGGAGAGAGAGAACCCGUCCACCAGGAACCCCGAGACAGGACACGAGACCAACCAAUGAUGGGACUCCCCCUACCUUCUCCAAAUUUGAGGAGAAGAAAAACAUUGAGAAAGGCCGCAGGAUCAAUACAAUGAGAAGACUUUUCUGGGGCAGCCCAUCGUCGCCCAAACAAGAGUCUUCAGAAAUCCAAACAAAUGCAUUGAAAGCCUACCAGAGCCUUGAGCCUGGAGAUUUCACUGGUUUCCUUAAGAUCUUGCGGAGCCCUCCCUCCCAGCGUCUGCAGUCUCGCUGCACAGCUUUUCUCAACACAAUGGAGGCGUACCAUGACCUGCCAGUCCAGAAACAGUCAGACCUUGUACAAGAUUUCUAUCAGUCUUUUGCUGAAUAUUUUAGCAGUUUUUCUGAGGCACAGGUCAGUCAGAUAAUGGAGCAUGUUGAGAAGUUAAUAAUGACACGGUUGCACAAAUGGGUUUUCUGCCAUGACAGCUGUGAUGAUGAACAGAAGGACCUGGCCCUACAGCGGAGAAUACGCUCAUUAAACUGGGUUACACCCCAGAUGUUAGAUGUACCAUUUCCUGAUAAGAAGACUGCAAUCACAGGUGACCCGUUCCUGCCGGCUAUCACAGCUAUAAUUGAGGUGGAUGCCAAGCGUGCACCUCAGGACAAACUUGCUUGUGUGUCCAAAUGCUGUCAGCAUGUCUUUGAGGCACUCUCCACCUCAAACAGUGAACCUGCUAAUGCUGAUGACUUCCUGUCAGGCCUGGUUUAUGUGGUGCUAAAGGCCAACCCACCUCGUCUUCACUCCAACAUGCAAUACGUGAUUCGAUUUGGCCUCCCUCACAGUCUGAUGGCAGGAGAGAGCGGCUACUACUUCACAAACUUGUCUUGUGCUGUGGCCUUCAUUGAAAAGCUGGAUGGACCAGCACUCAACCUCAGUCCAGAGGAGUUUGAGGGUUACAUGCUGCGUCAGCACGCUCCCAAUGACGCUACUAAGAGGCAGGAGAUUUCUAGCAACACACAGCACCUGUUGGAGGAGCUGAAAGGUAGACAAGAAAAACUGGACCAGGGAAUGGAUGCUCUCAAUGUCCAACUGCAAAAGUGGAUGCUAACAGUUAACUCACAGCUGGACGAGGCAGCAGCCCAGUUUGCUCUGGUGCAGAAGGAGAUAACAGCACAGGCAGAGCACUCACUGGUUUUGUCAUCCUCAUCCCAUGAUGCAAACCCACAAGAGGGUGACCUCAAAGACCCGUCAGUGCUGGUGCUUUCAGAUCAAUGUGCAGGUCCGCAACAAACAGACUGUUAGCCAGGAGCCUUACUAGGAAGGAGUGUCACUAAAUCUGGUACUUGAGUCUUUGUUGUCAUAAGCACUAACAUGAGUAGGUUGCAAUAAACAAACACAAAUUAAAUUCUAAUGCCACAUUUGCACACAUUUCAGCCAUAGCCAGCUGGCAGUUGAAAACCAGGUAAACAUGAAGGCAAGCUUUUUGCAUUAUAUGACUGAUGGAUUUUGGUGUUUUGUAUCACAUAGAAAGUUUUGUAAAAGAUUUGCACUUGAUUCCUGCUUUAGGAUGAAGGUAAUUACAAAUAACAUUCCACAUUCUAAUGUGAAUAGAAGUCAUUUUACAAACUCACAGUACAGAGCACUUUGUGGUAUCAUAUAACACUUAAAGGUGACUACUUCAUAGUAACUUUAACCUAAUAUACAAACAUGUGCCUAUAUGCAGACCGCUGUGAAAUGUUGCUCAAGGAGAUAAUGUUAUAACAGUGUAUUCACUACGAGUCAGGGGGUGUUAAGUCAAGCUGUGUAACAUGUUGCCUUCACUGUUUGUACAAAAGUGAAUUAACUGGUAUGAAACCGUUUCUGAAGUUUUUUCUAUCUGUGUUUAUAUCUAUUGUUUACAACUCUUGAGAACUUUCUAAAGAAAAUCUAUGAAUUUAUGUAUGAUCGGUGAUUGUAUCCAAUAUUAUAUUAAAGAUGACUCAUAUGAUUCCA